CUUUCACCAAAUAAUGCUUGCCACAACAACCUUUCACAACGUUCCCAUCAUUGUGCAUUAUAUAAUAUUAUAUCAGACUAUUCGUAAUAGUUAGUCGGGUUCAAGUCACAUUACUACCAAAGGUGAAACUAUUCCCCAUUAAUAUUCACGCCUGUCAAGAUGGAAAAGGACAAUGCCAAUCCUACUAUCCUAAACACUUCGCAGCUUCCGACAAGACAACGUAAGAAGGGGCGCAGAGUUCAAAGAAAUGGCGUUGCCAAAAUCAGUAACGUCAUGCGAAAACCACAGUAUCUAUCAGAUCCCUUCUACGAUAUCUCGUGGUCUGACGGCACAGAGAGCGACGACGAGUUCACUGCAGAGCCUAUUGACGAACAGGAAGUAUACGAUCUGAUAUCGACCAUCUCUGACCCUGAACAUCCACUUUCCUUGGGCCAACUAGCGGUGGUUAAUUUGCCUGACAUUCAUAUAACACCGUCUCCAUCAACAGGUGCGGAUCCCAAUACUCUGACGCGAGUCUUGGUCGAGAUCACCCCUACCAUUACCCACUGUUCACUAGCAACCGUUAUCGGUCUGGGUGUACGAGUACGUCUAGAACAGGCUCUUCCUCCCAACUACCGAGUGGAUAUCGUGAUCAAAGAGGGAACUCACAGCCAGGACGACCAAGUAAACAAGCAACUAGCCGACAAAGAAAGGGUUGCCGCAGCCUUAGAGAAUGACACCCUUAGAGGCGUCCUAGACAAGAUGCUGGAGACUUGCCUAUGAAAAUGCAUUUCAUAGCUAGGUAUCUAAUAUUGAUGACAUAGCUCAUGGACGAUGGGUUCUUGAGCGAUUUAUUAAAUAUGUAUCGCUACAAAAGUAACGAUAGCAUCUACAACAUGCCGCGUUUGGUCGGAUUUUUAAAGUCGGCAUCUGAACUACCUAAAAGGGACGACCGGUGCAUGAAAUUCGGCCUAUCAGCUGCUUGAAUGUUUAGAAACCGGGCUCUGCCUGCCGCGACAUCCUCGAAGGCGACGGUUAGAAUAGAAAGAUCCACACCGGCUUCGAACCCGGCCUAAUCGCCAAGCCGUUACCGGUCACGCGCGGGACAGACUCGGCGGUGAACCUAUAGAUCCAGUAAACACUCAGUCUAUAAGGCCCCUUGGCCGAGCCCCUAAUACUCGUUUUAUGAUGAUUACUUCAAAAUAUGUUGUUUGAGUCAAGUGUGGAAAUCCUAGGUUAAU